AUAUUUAUCUUGGUCCCCUGUAUAUUUUUAACAGUGUUCACACAAUGCCUUCAGUGAAGAACAUCUUACCCUUGAGCAGCACAAGUGGAGCUACAGGGUGGCGCUAGAGGAGCCACAGGACCCCCACAUUAAGGAGGAGGAGGAGGAACACAUCAUUAGCCAGGAAGGAGAGCAUCUUGAAGGAUUGGAGCUCCCAGUGAUUGGUGUCAUUGUGAAGAGUGAAGAUGAUGAGGACAAAUGUGAAAGUGAGGAGAAGAGCGAGGUGGAGACUCCAACCAGCAGUUCAACUCAACACAUGACAACAGAAGCUGAUGGAGAUCUUUGUGGACCAUCACAAGCAGACAACAUCUUAGCUCCACUAUCGAAUAAUGACGAGACAACGUCACACUCUGCUGACACUAAUGAUGAAGUCUCUAAAGCUGACAACACACACUGGAAAUGCUCUCACUGUGAGCAAACUUUUGUUAACAAGGGGAAUCUGAAUAGACAUAUGAAAAGUCAUGCGGGCGUCAAGGACUUUAAAUGCUCUAAAUGUGGGAAUAUGUUUGCUGACAAUUCAACACUGAAAAGACACAUGAGGAUACAUACAGGCGAGAAGCCGUUCAGCUGCCUAGUUUGCAGUAAAAGAUUCUAUGAGAAGACACAUUUGACAACACACACAAGAAGACACACUGGAGAGAAACCGUUUUCCUGUGCAGAGUGUGGUUUAGGUUUUGUCCGAAAUCAAUAUUUGAAAAUACAUAUGCGAACGCACACUGGAGAGAAACCAUUCGUGUGCACAAUAUGCAGUAAAAGGUACUCUCGAAAAGCGCAUUUGAUAAUACACACACGAGUACACACUGGAGAGAAACCUUUUUCCUGUUCAGUGUGUGGUAUAGGUUUUGUAAGAAAUGACGAGUUAAAAACACACACAAGAAUACACACUGGAGAGAAACCUUUUAUGUGUUCGGUGUGUAGUAAAGACUUUAAGCGAAAUCAUGAUUUGAACAGACACAUGAGAAGACACACUGGCGAUAAAACUUAUUCGUGUUCAUCCUGCAACAGAAGCUUUUGUAGCCGAACAACACUUGUAAGACACAUGAGAACACACACUUAUGAGAAAAAGUUGAGUUGCAUUGUGUGUGAUGAAAGAUUCUCUUAUAAAUACCAGCUUGACUGUCACAAGUGUGCUGGUGAGAACAGCAGCACUAAAUGAGCUAGCAGGACAUUAAACUGAUUUUGAUAAGUGACUGUCUCACACAAUCACCAAAUAUAACUUGUGACUUUGUUGAUAUGCUUCUACCAUUUAAAUGCAAAACAAUACAAUACUCAGUUAUAUUUCAUUAAAUUACACACUUGAACUAAGUGAGCGACUAAAAAGCUACUUAGUUCUUUUCCUUUAGUCUGGUUAGGAAGCCAGUCUGUGAGUAUUUUGCAUCUUUUUACUCAGUUGGUGUGUUUUACUGCUCUCGUCCGCUUUGCUUUCUGUCUACUACUGCUUUGAGUUCACCUGAGUGCACUGUAAAGAAACGUGUAGUUGAUUGCAUUUGACUGUGUCACUGUUCCAGAUGAGGGUAUUUUGCGUGCUAUUUGUAGCACAUGUUGGGCAAAAAUCCGCCACCUGAAACACCAGCUUCGCUACGAUGCCUAAGAAGACGCUUGCACUGCUUAACAAGCUGCCCCAGACACCAGCUGCAAAUAAAGGUGUGCACAAACUACAAUUGAACCUAAAAGUUUAGAACAAUAGUUAUAAAUAAGUUAUCUUUAUUGGUCUUGUGAAGCAGGACGUUGUUGAUAAUUGCCUUGAUAAAAAUGUAUUGUACAGCAGUAUUGUAUUUUCUCUCAGCAGCAGGUGAUAGCUUGCGUUUUCUUCCUGAUCGUGGCAGUGACAAAACUGUGCCAUGCACUUUAUACUUACAAAAAAUUGUCUUCACAGUUGCUCUUGGGGCCUUAAGCUGCUUUGAAAUGGCUCCAAGUGACUUUCCUGACAUGUACAAGUCAAUUAUUAGUUUUUUCAGAUCUGUGCUGAGUUCCUUUGACUUUCCCAUUGUCGCGUUUGUAACCGAGUCUAAUGACUGCAUCACAUGAGACCUAUUAAAUUGGACUCAGACAAGUCAACAGGUGUCGUCAAUCAUAAUCACUCACAUAAAGUUUAGAGGCCAUGCCAUGAAGCUAAUUUGAUUUGAUUGUAAAUUUUCGACA